AUGGAUUAUUAUUAUCCGUAUUAUAAAAAUGAAAUUUUGAAAUAUCAUGAUAAAAUAAUUUCUAAAAUUAAAGACAAAAUUAAAAAUAAUGAAUAUACAAAGGGAAAAACUAAAUCACAACUUAAACAAUUGAAAGAUUUCAAAAAUAAAGUAUUAACAGAAGAAGAUAUUGAUGAAUUAUAUAAAUUAUAUAAUCCUGAGCCGCAAAAGCCAAAGGAACAAAAACAAAAGAAGAAAAAGCCGAAAACAACACCAAAAGAGAAAGUAGCAAAUGUUCAACAGCUAAAGGUGCAAAACGCCCAGGUCCUUCAGACCAUAAAUGAAGCACAAGCUUUAAUUUAUGAUUCAUUAGUUAAACCAUAUUCAGCCCGACUUUUAAAUGAAGAUCAACUUUUGGAAUUCAUCCUUCAACAUAAACUCGAAGCGGGAAAGUAUAUCAAACCUUUAUAUACAGCAUAUUUAAAACAAAUGAAUAGAAUACAUCCAGAAUUAAUGAAGGGGGGAAUGAAAUCCAAAACUUCAUCAUCCAAAAUCAAAGCAGAUAAAAUUAAACCACUUGCAAUACCAAAACCUCCAACGGUAGUACCUCCUCCUUCAGUUAAUCCUUCAUCAUUCACUUUAUUAUAUCCAUUUCAAACAUUAAAGAAGCAAAAAGAUUUUAAAAAGGAUUUCAAGAUAUUAAAUAAACCAACCGACCCAAAAAUUCAACCGUUAAAGGAAAAAUUUAGUCGCCCUUCAUUUGCACUAUAUCCAUAUUCAUACGAAAUCGAUCAUCUGGAAUAUUCAAAAGGAAACGUUACUUAUUUAUUCGCCAUUAACAUUAACACUAGAUAUUUAUAUUGCAUUCCGGUGAAAGGGAAAACAGAACAGGAAACAAGAAGAGCUAUACAAUACUUACUAGAUCAUGAAAGAGUAGAUAAUAUAAGGGGUGAUGGUGAUAAAGGAUUUCAGGCAGCUAUGACUCAU